GGGGCGGGACCCGUGGCAGAGUUAAUCAGUUGGUCACUGCACUCCUGAGCACAGUCCUGAUCCAGAGGUAACUGUGGACAUAACUGCUGGCCUGAAGGGAGCCUUGGAACCGGCAGACAAGAUGAGCGAUAAACCAGACUUGUCAGAAGUUGAAACGUUUGACAAAUCAAAGUUGAAGAAAACUAAUACUGAAGUAAAAAAUACUCUUCCGUCGAAUGAAACUAUCCAGCAAGAGAAAGAACAUAAUGAAAGAACAUAAAAUGAUACUCUCCUUUCAAGAGCAACAUCAAUAUUGCCUGACAGUCAUGCCUCUAGGCUUGUUUCUAUAACCCUAUGCAAUAUAUAGACAUGUUAGGCAGCUCCUGGUAGAUCCAUUUACUACCCUGGCUGCAAAGGUCAGCAUUUGCUAUGAAUCAUUAAAUUUUUUUGGUACUGCUCA